CCCCUGCCCCUGGGUCGCUCUUUUUAAGCUCCCCUGAGCCGGGGCUGCGCUCCUCUAAUUGGGACUCCGAGCCCGGGCUAUUUCUGGCCCUGGCGCGGCUCCAAGAAGGCGUGAGUUCGCGGCCCCUCCGAUCCGCAUUUGCUACCAGCGGCGGCGGCGGCGGAGCCAGGCCGGUCCUCAGCGCCCAGCACCGUCGCUCCCGGCAGCCCGGAGCGCGCACCGCAGGCCGGCGGCCGAGCUCGCGCAUCCCAGCCGUCGCUCCUCCACCUGCUCUGCCGACAAGGGAAGAUGAGCGAGUCGAGCUCGAAGUCCAGCCAGCCCUUGGCCUCCAAGCAGGAAAAGGACGGCACUGAGAAGCGAGGGCGGGGCAGGCCGCGCAAGCAGCCUCCGGUGAGUCCCGGGACGGCGCUGGUAGGGAGUCAGAAGGAGCCCAGCGAAGUGCCAACACCUAAGAGACCUCGGGGCCGACCGAAGGGGAGCAAAAACAAGGGCGCUGCCAAGACCCGGAAAACCACCACAACUCCAGGGAGGAAACCAAGGGGCAGACCCAAAAAACUGGAGAAGGAGGAAGAGGAGGGCAUCUCGCAGGAGUCCUCAGAGGAGGAGCAGUGACCGUGCCGUGCCGUGCCGUGCCGCGCCGCCCCCUCACCGAGGAGCAGUUUCCUUCUGGGACUGGACAGCUCCGCUCCGCUCCCACUGCCCCCACCCCUUCCCCCAGGCUCUCGUGUCACCGCCACCCACCUGCGCCCUCACCACCACACUACACAGCACACCAGCCGUCGCCGCAGGGCCCCCGGGGCCCCGAGUCGGGAG